UCUGUUUGAAAAAUACCCAUUCUCACAGCAAAACAAAAACAACUUUUAAAGGUUGUUCUCAGUGGAAAUCACUCUAUGCCCCAUUACCUGCUUGAGUGAAACCAGACUAAGAACUUCUGUCAUGGCAGCUUUUCUGCUGGGAGCUGUGUUGCUUAUUGUUCAACCUCAAAUAGUGCCUUCCAGACCGGCUAUAAAUUCAAAGGCUGAGACGUCUUCUCAGUCUGUUCAGAGAGAGCUUUUAAAGAAAACAUCUCAAAAAAAUGACUUCAAGGAAAACAUUCAUACUAAUGGAUCAUGCCGACAGCUGCCACAGACUAUCAUUAUUGGAGUGAGGAAAGGUGGAACAAGAGCUUUGUUAGAGAUGUUGAGUCUCCAUCCAGAUAUUGCAGCAGCAGAAAGUGAAGUUCACUUCUUUGACUGGGAAGAUCAUUACAGAAACGGAUUGCAGUGGUAUAUUAAUCAAAUGCCAUUCUCUUAUCCCCAUCAAAUCACCGUGGAAAAAACUCCAGCAUAUUUCACAUCACCUAAAGUGCCUGAAAGAGUUCAUAACAUGAACCAAUCAAUGAGACUGCUCCUUAUUUUAAGAGACCCAAGUGAGAGAGUACUGUCAGAUUACACCCAAGUGUUCUAUAAUCACAUGCAGAAGCACAAGCCGUACCCAUCCAUUGAACAAUUCCUGAUUAAAGAUGGUGAACUCAAUGUGGACUACAAGGCAAUAAACAGAAGCUUAUACUACAUUCACAUGCAAAACUGGCUGAAGUAUUUUCCCCUUGAUCGUAUCCACAUUGUAGAUGGGGAUAAACUAAUCAAAGAUCCCUUCCCAGAAAUAGAAAAGGUAGAGAGAUUUUUGAAGUUAUCGCCACAGAUAAAUGCUUCAAACUUUUAUUUCAAUAAAACUAAAGGUUUCUACUGCCUAAGAGACAGUGGUAGAGAGCGUUGUUUACAUGAGUCAAAAGGACGAGCACACCCACAAGUAGAUACCCGGUUACUGGAGAAACUGCAUGAAUAUUUCCAUGAACCCAACAAGAAAUUUUUUGAGCUCGUGGGCAGAACAUUUGACUGGCACUCAUUUGUGGCAAGUUAGUGGUAAGCUUCGGAACCUAUGUUCCAGUGUACAUUUAGAAAUUUUAAAAAGGGCAUUUAAGCUAUAAUUUAUUUGUAAAAAUCCAUAAAUACUUCUGUACAGUAUUAGAUUCACAAUUGCCAUAUAUAGUAGUUAUAUUUUUCUACUUGUUAAAUUUGAAAGCAUUUUGUAUUGUUUUUCAUGGUUGUUAACAUUGUGUAUGAUGUGUCUAUAUGAAAAAGCUAAAUUAUUUCACUGCAGAA